ACAGAAGCUCUCACACGAACUAAAUACGGUAUAGUUACUACUCUAUGAGACAGAAGCAAAACACAUUUAUUUUCACAGAAUCUGAUGUACAAAUGUUAAUAACUCCCACACAUUUAUAUCUCCAAAAUUCAGAAUCUCGAAUUUCUCACUGCUCCCCCUAAGCUUCUUCCAUGGCUUCCACCUCUCUCAAAUCUCUCAUCCUCUUCCUCUUCCUCUCUAUCUCGACAAUCUCCGGUCUCAACCCCAACUCCACACAACUCAACCAGGUUUGCCAAUCCUCGCCACACCCAAAUGCCUGCUUCGAAUCCCUCAAGCUCUCCCUCUCCAUCAACAUCUCUCCCAACAUCCUCUCCCUCCUCCUCCAAUCCCUCUCCUCCGCCCUAUCCCAAGGCGCCCACCUCUCCUCCCUCCUCUCCACCGCCGCCGCGUCCAACCUCGUCGAGAAACAGCGAGGCGCCAUCCAAGACUGCCGCGAGCUCCACCAGAUCACAUUGUCCUCUCUAAAAAAGUCCAUCUCCCGACUGCCCGCCGCCGACUCCACAAAACUAGCCGACGCCCGAGCCUUCCUCAGCGCCGCCAUGACCAAUAAGAUCACGUGCUUGGAAGGCCUGGACUCAGCCACCGGCCCGCUGAAGGCGCCGCUGCUCCAGUCCCUCUCCAGCAUCGAUAUGCAAGUCAGAAACUCGCUGUCCAUGCUGGGAGGAAAGCAGAGCAGCGGCGGCGGGAACAGGAGGCUGCUCGCCUUCCCGCGGUGGCUCUCGAGGAAGGCGAGACGGAUCCUGGAAAGCUCCGGCGACGAGUACGAUCCCGGCCAGGUGCUGACGGUGGCGGCGGACGGGUCAGGGAAUUUCACCACGAUUAGCGAGGCGAUCAGUUUCUCUCCGAACAACAGCAUCGACAGAGUAAUCAUAUAUGUCAGAGAGGGAGUUUAUCAAGAGAACGUCGAGAUUCCGAGCUGGAAGCCCAACAUCGUCUUGCUCGGAGACGGCAGCGACGUCACUGUCAUCACCGGCAGCAGAAGCGUGGCCGAUGGAUGGACUACGUUCAGAUCUGCUACCCUGGCGGUGUCUGGGGAGGGAUUUCUGGCACGUGGCAUAACGAUCGAGAACACGGCGGGGCCCGAGAAGCACCAGGCGGUGGCCCUGCGCGUGAGCGCGGACCUGGCCGCGGUGUACAGGUGCGUGAUAACGGGCUUCCAGGACACGCUGUACGUGCACUCGUUCCGCCAGUUCUACCGCGAGUGCGACGUGUACGGGACGAUCGACUACGUGUUCGGGAACGCGGCCGUGGUGUUCCAAGGGUGCAACAUCGUGUCGCAGCUGCCGAUGCCGGGGCAGUUCACGGUCAUCACGGCCCAGUCGCGCGAGAACCCGGAUGAGGACACCGGGAUCUCGAUGCAGAAUUGCUCGAUUUUGGCGACGGAGGAUCUGUAUUCGAACCGUGGCUCGGUGAGGAGCUAUCUUGGGCGGCCGUGGCGUAAUUACUCGAGGGCGGUGUUUCUGGAGUCGUAUAUUGAUGAGUUUAUUGCGGCAGAGGGGUGGACUAAUUGGGAUGGGGACCAGGGCCUUGAUACCUUGUAUUAUGGGGAGUAUGAGAACUACGGGCCGGGCUCGGCCACGGAUGGCCGGGUUUCGUGGCCGGGGUUCCAUGUCAUGGAGUACGAAGAGGCCUCGGGAUUUACGGUAUCGUCGUUUAUCACCGGACAGGAGUGGCUUGAUUCCACUUCGUUUCCUUACGAUGAUCAGGUCUGAUUGCAUUGUCACGUCACUUUUUCUCGAUUUUCAGUGAAGCCAAGCAUAAGCAUGAAUGUACAAAGCGAUCUGCUAUUAAUCUCAGCAUUCAUGUUCCAAACUAGUCAUCAACACAAGUAUUUUUGUACUCUAUCGGUUCUUCCGUGAAUAAAUGUCUUAUAGUUGGCCUAA